AUGGUCAAUCCCUCAUACGAAUUCCCGAGCAAACCUUCUUCAGACACGACUUCACGCCUCGCCUGCUGCGUAUAUAGUUCCUGGUGUUGGGCGAAGGUAUCAAGGCCCCGAAUCGUACGAUCUUGGCUUCCGUUAUGUACACUUCAGCAUACAGUUUAUUGCUUGAACACGCGGCAUUUGUUAACUCUUGCACAAAACGAACCUUCGGAGUGCGUUGGACAAAAGCAUGGUUUACCCGAGGAACCUGCGGUGAACGUUUCUCAAACUGGCAGAGCAUUUGUGCCUGGUGCAACAUCGGUCGCCUUACAAGGGCAAACUUUGCUCUACUUUGAAGAAAACGCUUGCCGUGCCGAUCUACAUAAAUGUUUACCUACCGCUGAACGGCAGCUCCUUCACUAUCACAUCUUGCAAGUUGCUACGAAAAUUUUCGCCGGUAGUCCAUUAACGGCCAUGAAACGCGCUUCGCACUGCUUGACCUCUUCUCUCUGGAAUAUCGGUGCCUACGAGGAGAUCUAA